UAUGCCCGUAUUGAUAAUAAUAUUAGACAACUAAAUCAACUCAUUAUUUUAAAUGCCAUUUUACAGGGGUAAUUUUGAUAAACUGAAAGGCAAUAUUCGACUUAUGAAAGAAGAAUUGGUUGGAAUUGAAAGAUAUAGACAUACAAAAGAACGGUUAUUAAUCCAAGCUUCUUCAAAUUUAGAAGCAAUGCAGACUACUCGUAGUGGUUUAGAAUCAGAACUUCAUCAGGUAUUAAUUUUCAUUAUAUAUAAUAUAAUUGUAAAAUUUCCUUAAACUUUUGUCUAAUAUUUAAUACAAUUUGUUAUUUGUUUAUUUUAAAUUAAUAAUUUGUUUUAAGAAUAUAUCUUAUUUUAAAAUAAUAUACUACCAAUUAAGAUAAAAUAAAAAUAAAUUAAUAUUUUUACCUCAAUUGAAACUCAAUUUAUAGAAUAUGAUUUUUAAUUUUUCAGGAACUUAUGGCACAGCUUUCUGUAUCUGACCAGAGGGAAAUGGAUAACUUGAAUGAUGAUAUUCGUUCUUUAACUCAGGAGAAUAAAGCUGCUUUUUCUACUCGUAUGAAAUUAGAAGCAGAUAAGAACAAAGUUGAAAAUUUGUUAACUAACAAUUUGAUUCGUCGUAGAGAUGAACUCUUACAGGUAGGUUAAAAAUAAUAUGUAUUAUUGUUUUGUUUAUGAUAAUUGAUAAUUAUUAUAGUAUAAUAAAGUCACUUCAGUCCAUAUUACUUAAUAGUAUAAAGCAAAAAUUAUGAUUUUUUUAAGUGAAACUUCUUUACGUGUGUUAGAAGUAAAAUAUUAUUUUAUAUAUAUGAAUGCAAUCUUUGAUCUAUUCUGGUCAUUUAAAAUUGUGACUAAUAAAAUGUUAUCAAGGUCACUCCCCUGAUUACAAAUAUAUAUAUAUUACUUAAUAUGUGAAUGCAUAUAAUAAUGUGUCUUAAGCAAAUUAAAUCUGUCAAGAUUAAAAUCCAAGAAUUCAGAUUUUCGAACUAUUUGAAAUCUGGAUUUUUUCCAUCACUCUCACACAUACAUACAAUGUAAAUACAAGUGUCAUGACUAAUUCAGUUAUCAUAAACCCAUUAUAUCUUUCAUAAAAAUAGAAUAAGAAAAUUAAUAAUAACAAUAAUAAAUUAAAUUAAUUUCAAUUGUAUUUUAUUUUAUUCCAACACAAAUAUAAUAUCAGUUCAAUGACUCUGAAAAGGUUCAAAUAUUCAUAUCUAAACAGUGUUGUGUAUUAUUUUAUAAACAUUUUAUUUUAAUUCUUAUUAAAACAAUAAAAUUUAAUCUAGCUGUUAAAGUGUUGAAGUUUCACUUCAAAUAUGUGCACAGUUGUUUUUUUUGAAUAUUUAAAAUAAUUUUUUAGAUUAUCAAUUAAUUAUUUUAAUACUCAUUUCUUAAGUUUUUGUCAAGGUAUUAACAUUUUAACUUAUAAUAAUAUGUAUAUAUUUAUUCAAGGCAUUACAAGAAAUAUCUGUUGAAGAACGAAAAAGAACAUUGGAAAAUAAUAAGUCUGAACUCCAGUUGGUAAAAAAAAAAUUAGAAUCUCUAAAUGCUGAUAUCAAAGUUUACGAUAAAAAGGUUCAGGAAGCUGUGAAAAAGGUAUUAUAAAUGGAGAUUUGUAAGACAUAUUAUUAACCUAACCUAUUAAGUUUUAGGAAAUUUAAGAAAAACCCAGUUUUAAAAUGUUGUAUAACUCUUACUUUAUCCACGUUUUUCAGUGUCGAAACCACUACCAAUUUUUGUUUUUCAAAUGGCAAUCUACAUUAAAAAUUCCAUAAAUAGGUUAUUAUUAUUUAAACUUGAUUUCAUAAAGAACAGGAACAGAAAACAGUAUUUAAACUGAAAAUAUCUAUUUAAUAAAGCAAACUACAUGCACAUAGCACAAAACAGAAAAAAGGUUUAAUAAUACAUUAAGGUUAGGUGAUACAAAGUGAACAAGAUUACCUCAAUGGUAACAAUAUAGUGAUGAUAAUAAAGAUGAAGUUUCAAUUAAAAUAAAUGUUGAUAUAAGUUUUUAAUUUUGAUCAAGCCAUUGGUGAGACACACUUUAGAAUAGAUUAUUUUUCAGGUAGGGUAAUAGUAAUGGCACAAUUUUUGUAGUGCCCAUUUGACAUUAGUACCAAUUGACAAACUUAAACUUGUAUAUUGCACUUAUGAAAAUUAAAUUUUCAGCAUUAAAACUUGUUCAAUCUAAAAUGUUACGUAUUUAUGGAAUUUUUAAUAUCAUAAAAUAAAUGAAUUGUUAUUGGUUUCAACCAUCAAAAAGAUAUCCUAGGAUUAUGAAAACAGGUGCAGCCACUGUUAUAGAUAAUUUAAUGUAUUUAGCUAUAAACCAUUGCUUACCAAAAAAAAUUAUUCUGAGCAGAGUUCAGUUGAUAGUGAUGCUUUUUCAACAACAUAUAUGUCAUUGUAUAGUAAAAUAAUUAAAUAGGCUUUAUAUUUGUUCUAUAAUAAUAUUUGUUUAAUGUUGUAUGGAUUUUCCCAGUUUUUCACAUUUGCUGAGGAAAUCGAAAAAAUUACCUCUCUAAAGUACCUUUCUACACCAAUUUAUUUUCAGAAAAGGUGCUACACUUAGAAAUCCAAACAAGUCUUCUGAUAGAAAAGUUGUUAACAGAUAAAAAAAAAAUAUAAUAUUAAUAAUAAUAAACAUCUUUGUAAAACAAUAAAUAAAUUUUUUCCUCCACUCAGAAUUUCAAAUUAGGACAAUGUUACAUUUUAGGAAUUUAUGUCAUACAUUUUUUAAAAAAAAUUUGCUACUUUUCGAGAUAAUAUUUGUUUCUAUAUUAUAGCAAUUAAUUUAAUUAGAAUAAAUUAUUUCUUAAAAAAAUAUUAUUUUGAAUACAUUAGCUAUAUUAAGCACAUAACUAACUAUUAAUUAAUGUAAUACACAUUAUUAGUUCUUCAAGACACAGGUCAUUAUAAAAUACCUAUACAAAUUAUUACUAUAAAAUAUAAUUAAAAAUUAAUCUUCAUAAAAUAAAACACCUAUUUAAUUUAUUUAGCAACAGUAAUAGGUAUUUAAAACAUAAAUAUGACAUAACUUAAUAUAGAAAUUAUUAAAUUUAGCAAGAAUAAAAAUCCUCCAAAAGCACCUAUAUUUAUUUAAUAUGAAGAUUAUAUUUGUUUGCAUAAUAUAAAGCACUUGUAAUUUUUUAACUUGUUAAUGCUUAGCAAAAACUUUGUCAAGAGGAACUGGAGAAAUGGAAACUCAUUGAAAAAGAAGCUCAAGAUAAUUUGAAUACUGAGACAAAGGAUUUUACAAAAGUAUAUACAAAGCAAAACAUGCUUAAACAAAAAUUAGAUGAAUGUCAGACUAAAAUAAGUGAUCUGGGAGCUCUAUCUAAUACAGAACUAAUUACUAAAUAUAUGUCUUAUUCAUCCAAAAAUGUAAGUAUAAUUCUUAGAUGUGUUUUUUCUAUUAUUAAUUUAUACAAACAAAACUUACUGAACAAUACAAUAUUUUACUUUUUAUUUCAUUAGUUGUUUAAAGAACUUGAAAAGGCUAAUAGUAAUAUCAAACGAUUUGGACAUGUUAAUAAAAAAGCUUUGGAUCAGUUUGUUAGUUUUUCUGAACAGAAAGAAAAAUUAGUGUCUAGAAAACAAGAACUUGAUAGAGGGUAAAUUGUAAAAUACAAUUUAAUUAUUUAUAUUAAGUAUUUAUUUUUUUUAGACACCAAAAAAUAGAGGAGCUGAUGACCGUUUUAGAGCAAAGAAAAUGUGAUGCUAUAUUAUUUACAUUUAAACAAGUAUCAAUGUAUUUUACUCAAGUGUUUGCUAAGUUGGUACCGGGUGGAUUUGCUCAGUUAGUAAUGAAAUCAGCAGGUGGUGUAGAAUCUGCAACUCCGUGUGUUGGCGAGGUGAUUAUUUGUAUAAUAAAUAUAAUAUACAUUAUUAUAUUUUUUUUAUAUAUUUCUAGGAAGAUAACAUUGAUAACUACUCUGGCGUUAUGAUUAAGGUGUCAUUUGCUGGACAGGGUUCUGAAAUGCGUGAAAUGAAUCAACUAUCAGGUGGACAAAAAUCAUUAGUAGCUCUUGGACUAAUUUUUGCCAUUCAAAAAUGCGAUCCAGCUCCAUUUUAUCUAUUUGAUGAAAUUGAUCAGGUAACCUAUACAAAAACCAUUAAAUUUUAAAAUAAAUAAAAAUAAAAAUAUGUUGGCUGAAGUGAGGAAAGAGACAGAAGUUUGUGUAAUAAAAAAAAGUGCCAUUAUGAAAAAUUAUAUGAAACUGUUGUUUGAGAAGACUUCAUAAAUAAUAAUAAUUAUUAUAUCAUUAUUUAUACAGUUUCUUAUUAAAUAUCUUAAUAUUUAGGCUUUGGACCCACAACAUAGAAAAGCAGUAGCUGACAUGAUACAUGAGAUGUCAGAUCAUGCUCAAUUUAUUACAACUACAUUCAGACCAGAAUUAUUGUUCCAUGCCCAUAAAUUUUAUGGAGUUAAAUUUCGUAAUAAGGUAAAUUAAUAGUUAAUAUUAUAAAUGAUGUAAAUUUUAAAAAAAUUAUUAUUUUUACUUUUUUAGGUUAGUCAUGUUGAAUGUGUAACAAGAGAUACAGCCUAUGAUUUUGUUGAAGAUGACACAACUCAUGGAUAAUAAUUUGUAUUGGAUUAAUUUAUUUAUUAAGUUUCAAUAUUUAAUUAGUUAGUUAUUUUACAUUUACAUUAAAUCUUUUGAAUUAUACCAAGGAGAUCAUAAUUAUAUUGUAUUAAACCAAUAGUUUUGAUUGUCCAAUUACUUAAUCAACUUUUAUAUGUAAUAUUUUCAUUCAUUCAUAUUAAGAUAUGAUUUCUAAAAAAUUUAAUUAAAAUCCAUUCAAAUGACUUCAUAUUAUUUCUUAACAGAUAAAUUAUGUACUUGAAAAAUAAUGUGAAGUAUAACAUUUACAUUCCAAAACUUAACUGUUAAUUUUCAAAAUAAGCUUUACAUUAAUAUUAAAUACACAUUUUCACCAAAAAUUAGUUUAUAGUUAUUUUUAAAUUUGACACUUAUCGUUACACAUUGUUCUACAAAAUUAAUGAGUAUUUUAAAUUUAAUAUUAAAUUAGGUUUUAUAUAUAUAUAUAUAUAUAUAUAAUUACCUAUUAUUAAUUUAUCACUAUUUAAUUUUAAUAUAUGUUUAAGACUAGGCCAGAAUCUUAAAUUUUAACUUAGUAAAACCAUCAAAAAACAUACUCGUGUAUUUGAAAUAUUAAAUAAUAUUAGAAAUUUCAAUAGCUUUAAAUGUAUUUAUUAUAUUAUAUUAAUAUAGCUUUUUAGUAUAGAAUACUUAAACUACUGUUAAAUAUUAGGCUAGUUUACACCAUUUAAUAUACCUACUAAAUAUAGGUAAUGACUAUACAACUUUUUGCAUUACCUUUACAAAUGCAGUAUUUUAUUUUUUUCCACAUGUCCUAAGUAUGUCUUAUUCUGUAUAUAUUUAUUUUAUCACCAGUAAUUAUACCACAAUAUUGAUUAUUGUUAAUGAUCUUAUGUUAUAGGUUAGAAACUAAUUUAUUUGACCUAGCCUGUUAAUGUUUUAAGCAUGAUAUGUUGCCUUACAAUGGUUAGGUGGUGUAAACUGGAAUAAUUAAUGCUUUCAUUUUUUAGUUUGAGUUGGACACUUUCCUGUAUCCAUACAACAAAUAAAUAACAAUAAUUGUUUUUUUUUAUAAUGGAAAAUUUGUCAUACCAACAUUAAUAUAUUCAUAACUUAUACAUUUGAUGGUAUUUUAUAUAUAUAAGAAAAAUAAAUGUUAUUCAUUUUAUAUUUGCAUUAUUAAAUUAUAUUAGCUAUAUAGUUUAACUGUUUUUUAGUAUUAAAAACCUUUAUAAGAAUUUAGGUAGCUAUUGACCUAUGGGCUUGGGAUUUAGUUGACCAAAACAGCCAAGCCUUCCCAAAUUGUAUGAACCAUGAUGACUUAAGCAUAAAUCAUUUUUUAAAUUUAUAUUAUUG